AUUGUGACUUGCAUUGGGGCAAGCUGUAUAGUGUUUCCGAGGUCUAGCAAUUGCAGUCAUUAUUUUGGCAUGGGGUACAGAAAAUAUGAAAAAUGAAAUAUCUCUGUUAACAGAAGCAUAUCACCUAGCUAGGUGAUACGCUUCUGCUGUGUAUCACUACCUGUCAAAAAGUCAGAUACUCAUUUACAAGUCAGUUAUCAUAUUCUUACGAACAACAGUUGAACACAUUCUACUUCAGCUGUUUAAAUACAAAGUUAUACGCAAAGUGCAUUAUCAUUUUAAUUAAAAUUUUAGUGACUCAAACUUACAGUCAUAUGUUAGCCGUUGAGGAAUACUGCGUUUCCUCGAUGACGAAAUCUAAAUAUUUCAUGCCUAAAGUAUUCUUUCGGUUUUUCUCUAAGACAAAACGUUUCACAAGCUAAAUUAGUAAUUUCUUGGACCUUAAAACCCAUCAAAGGUAUUCUUAAGUUAAGUAAAUAUUCAACAUCACACCGCGUCAAUCAACACACAAAUCACUUUUCUGACAGAAAGGAAGUUCUAUAAACCUGGAACAGCUGCCUACGAACUCCAAGUUACUUCUUUCAGAUUACCAAGGCGAAUGAAGCGAAUCGGUUGAGGAAAACUGAUCAUGAGGGAAAACUAACAAAUUUGAACGCGACGAUAUCAGACUGGAAAUAAUGAAAGGAAAACUGGGUACUGAAACGAUGGAUAGAAACUCCAAAUGCAAUGCGUCCGUUCCACCGCAAUAUUUGACAGGAAUCUUUCUCACGCUUUCUGUAACUGGAAUACUAACAGCAGCCGUGGGAAACACACUCAUUUGCGUAGCUGUAUAUAAGAAGGGGGCUCUAAGAACGUCUGCUAACUAUCUUCUUGUCAGCCUGUCUUUGGCAAGCCUUAUGUAUGUCCCAGUAUUAAUAAGCUAUGCCAUCUCUCUGACGAUGAGCGAGUGUCAACCAAUGACAAAGAUACUGUGCAAGUGGUCUUCACACUUGGAUCUUGUUUUGUUUUGCGUUGUCAUACUUCAUCUACUUCUCAUAUCUUUGGAUCGACUUGUGACCAUAAAAAUGCCUAUGAGAUACCCAACCAUGAUAACAACAACGCGCACACUGAUAUCAAUAGGUGCUCUGUGGUUUGUGGGAAUAUUAGAAGGAGUUACGCCAGACUUGAUUCAGGGAAUUCAACACAACCAGGGCAAAGCACUACUCAUGAUGAUGCAUGGUUGCAUUCAAAAUAACAAAAUCCUACUAGAAAAACACUCACAAGAGGUCGUGCCUCACUUUCUUGUUUUCAUGACACUGACGGUCUUCUUGCCCAGCGGAAUUAUGCUUAUUUCGCAUGCGUGGAUUUUCAUUAUCUCCUUCAGACAUUACAAACGAAUCAGAACUCUGGAGGAGGCCGUGCUACAAAGACGUGUCACUGAAAUGCGCGCCGCCAAGACGGCGGCUAUCACGGUGUUUUCGGCGUUAGCGUGCUUCGCGCCUCUUAUUGUGGUGACUUCCAUGAUGAUACUUGAGCCGCCAAGCGAUAGAAGGCUAGACUCCACUCAAUUUAACAUCAAGUAUAUACUAUUUCCUAGCCUUAAAAUUCUGUAUUUAUUGGCGAUAAGCUUAAACCCUUUGAUCUGCGCUUUAAAAAGCAAGCCUUUCAAGGCGGCAUUCAAGGAGAUGUUACAAGCUUUAAAAAGAUGUCCAUGUAAAGUCCCGGACAUACGCAGAACCAAGGCGCGCAGCAUUUUCAGACGACGAGGCCACACGCUGAAACUGGAGCCCAACAAGCCUGCCAAAAACAGUAACACCUCCUACUUUAUAGAACUGCAGUGCCUAUCAUUGACUACUAACCCAAGCGAGCUUAGCAACACUACUCAAAAUAAAGUAUACACGUAGAUGAAGCAAUAUGUUAGACCAAGUGGCACUGGAUGUAACUUGCAAGAACGCCGAGACAUUUAACGAGUCUUGUUUUAGUUUUAGGAGCACGAGAGGCCGGUAACAUAAAAAUGCCUAGCAAAACUAUUAAAUAGCGACAUCACGACCUUAGGGUGCGUCCGUUGGGGUGAUCUGGAUCUGGAUCUGGAUCAGUGAUCCAAGAUCAUGGUGCUGGGAUCAUGGUGCAUCAAAGCAACCAAAGAAUUCUUGCUCAGAGUGGAUUCUUCGGUUCUUUUGAUGCACCAUGAUCCGAGUGAUCUUGGAUUAAUCUAUUUAGUAAAGAAAUGCAAAUCCUUUUUGAGUUUCAGAAUUCAAUCGUGGAGUUUCCCAAAGAAACGCACCCUAAAAUGUAUAUUAACACUAUUAAGAAGUUAUUAUCCAAAGCUUUUCUUGCCCGAAAACCAGUCUCUAGAUGGAUGGAUAGAUAGAGACCUUAUUUAAGAGUCGAUGCCGCCUAGCUUGGGAGAAUCUUCCAUACUAAUAUGGGGGCACAAAAAAAAUAGUAAGUAAUUAAAAUGAUCUAAGAGUUUAAAGUUAAUGCUACGUACAAUUAUAUGCAUGUCUAGAUCCUAAAAAAAAAUUAAACCAACAUAAUGCAAAUUCUUUUUCCGAUUCAAUAAAUAACACGGUUAUCGAAUUAUUUGCACAAAUGUGUAAAUCAUUAUUCCAAAAGCUUGAUAAAAUAGUCUAAAAUUAGCAGAGGCUGCAGCCUUUGCAUCCAUCAUCUAUAAGUUGACGAACAUUUAAUUUUAUGUUCUGUUUGAACGAUCUUAAAGAUGUGGCUGCUCUACUACUUUGGGGGAGUUUUCCCCAUAACUUGGGUCCUAAGUACUUUAGAAAGCGUUUACCAUAAGUUAUCGUCUGAUACCUACAAAUGGAAAAGUCACGCUGCCUUAAAUUGUAGUUAGAGUUAUGUUCACUGAAGAUAUUGCUGAUGUAAGCAGGACACAGUUUGUGUUUUACUUUACACAUGAGAAUACUUAAAUCCCGUUGACACCGGUUUAAUAAUGUUGGCAGUUCUGCCUUCUUUAGUAGUUGUUCGUAACUAGCAUUCUUGUCUCUAAAUACCGCCCUUAGUCCCCUCUCCUGUAGUCUUUCAAGUUUUCUUAAGUCACCAGAUUUGGGGAAAGUGCCAGAUUAAGUGGCAGUAAGUAAGAUAUGGCAGGACUGCACAUUUGAAAAGUACUGCUUUAACUGCUUUGUGAUUCAACUUGUACAUAGUGUGAUUAAUAAACGCUAAGACUUGAAUUGUAUGUCUCAUAAUUAAAAAAACACAGCAAGAUUUACCAGUUCACU